AACAAACUGAUGACAUGUGUUAUAGGCUUUCUAUAACAUGAGUCUUCCGCAAUAAUUAAGUACACUACAUAAACCUUAUGCAGGAUAGUUAUUUAUUAUGCAUCACUUAAAUAAACGGAUUACAUAUGUGGAUUACAUAAUAAUUAAUACAUUAUGUGAAAUUUAAGUAGGUAACUAUCUGAAUAGUUUUGUUAUUAAUAAUGAUUAAUACAUUAUGUGAAAUUUAAGUAGGUAAUUAUCUGAAUAGUUUUGUGAAUUCUAGUAUUUCAAAUAAACUUUUAGUUUCUUACCGUGUCAGAGCGUGGCCAAAAAACUAGUGAGCAUUAACAUAGCUAGUGAGUGUCUGAGUGAUCAUGAUCAAUGGUCAUGAAACCUCUUCCCUCUGCGCCCUGCCUUAGUUCAGAAGCAAGUCAUGGUGAAAUCAAGAAAUUUUCUUAAGGAAGUGAUAGGAUCACAUGGCUCCCGAUUAGAAUGAUAUUUAAAAAAAUACUCAGAAAAAUUACAAAAUUGUCAUUCGGAAAAAGUCUUCCAAAUUAGCGAUUAAAUAGACUUUAUUAUCGGUGGAGAAUAGUUUCAGGCUGAAUUUGUGAUCUGAAACCUUCAAAAUCUAAGAAAAAUUGCAUAUCUAAAAAAUUGCCCAAUAAAUUACGAAAAUGUCCUCAUAAGAAAAAAUCACCAAAUCAAGGACCGAUAGACUUCAUCAUCGAUGGAGAAUAGCCUAAAGCUGAAUCCGUAAUCCAUAGCCCUCACAAUCCAAGAAAAAAAUGUCUCAAAUCUUGAUAGCCCGAAAAAAAUCCACCCAAAUAGCUGCUUAAUAGACUUAAUCAUUGGUGAAGAAUAGUCUCAGGCUGAAUCUGCGAUCUGUAGCCUUAAAAUUCAAAAAAUGAUCUUUAAAAAAAAUUGCACAAAAAAUUAUAAAAAUGUCCUUAAAAAAAUCCCCUCAAAUGGGUGAUUAAUAAACUCUGUCAUCAUUAGAGAAUAGUCUCAGGCUGAAUAUGUGAUGUGUAUCCUUUAUAAUAAAUAAAAAAUUGGUCUUUGGAUAAAAUUACUCAAAAUCUACGAUGUUAUCUCUUUGGAAUCUGCAAAAAAAUGGUACAGGAAAAAAUUCACCCAAAUCAUUGCUUAAUAGACUUAUCAACGGUGAAUAAUAGGCUUAGACAAAAUUCGUGAUCUGUAGCCUUCAAAACCAAAGAAAAACGGAAUUUUGAAAAAAUUGCCCAAAACUAUUGGAAAAUGCCCUCUAAAAAAAUCCACCAAAAUUGUCAAUUUAUAUACUUUAUCAUUGGUGAAAAAUAUUCUCAGACCGAACCAAUGAUCUCUAGUUUUCAAAAUCCAAAGUAAUUGAUCUUUCGAAAAAAUUCCUGAAAUCUAUGAUUGUACCCAUUUGGAAUCAUCAAAAAAUUUACUUGGAAAAAUCCACCCAAAUAGGUGCUUUAUUGUAUUAAUCCACGGCGUAUAAUAGCCUCAAGCAUAAUAUGUGAUCUAUAGACUUCAAAAUCAAAAGAAAAUGACAUACAAGAAAAAUCAUCCAAAAAUUUCAAAAGUGCACCCCGAAAAAUAUCCGUCCAAAUUAAUAAUUAAUUGGACUUUAUCAUCGGUGGAGAAUAGCCUUUGGCCGAAUCCGUGGUCUGUAGCCUUCAAAAUCUAAACAAAUUGGUCUUUCAAAAAAAUCACUCGAAAUAGUGAUCCCUUUGGAAUAUGUUAAAAAUAGACUCAGAAAAAUCCUCCCAAAUCGGUGCUGAAUAAACUUACUCAAUAGUGAAAAAUAACCUCAGAACGAAUUCGUAGUAUGUAGACUUCAAAAUAAAAAAAAGAAAUUAUGAAAAUGGGUGAUUAAUAAACUUUAUCAUCAGUGGAGAAUAACUUGAGGUUGAUUUCACGAUCAGUAGCCUUCGAAAUCGAAGGAAAAUAAUAUUUCAAAAAAAGCACCCAAAAAUUACGAAAGUUCCCUCGGGAAAAAGUUUCCACAAAUCACCGAUUGAUAAACUUCAUCAUCUAUGAAGAAUAACAUAAAGUCUAAUUCGUGAUCCGAAACCUUCAAAAUACUUGGAAAAUAAUCUUUCAAAAAAAGCCUGAAAUCUGUAAUGAUACCCCCCUUUGGAAUCUGCCAAAAAUGACCCCGAAAAGUAUUCGCCCAAAUCGGUGUUUAAUAGAUUUAUUCAUCGUGAAGAAUAGCCUCAGACCCAAUUCGUGAUUUGUAGGCUUCAUAAUCCAAAGAAAUUGGUCUUUCGAAAAUUUGUCUGAAAUCUGCGAUGCUACCCCUUUGAAAUCUGCCAAAAACACAUUGGCAGGGAGGAGAAGACUGUAUUAGCUACCUUAUUGAUAGAGUCAUAAGGAAAGUACAAUUAUGGAAGAGUCGACUCUUAUCAUUUAGUGGCGAAUAGGGGACGGAAGGAAGGUCGAUGUGCGGCUGGACAGAUGGGUACCACCAGCAGACAAUUAGAAAGUUUCAUCCCCAGUAAUCCCUCUAAAGGACAACACUGUAGUUGUGGAACUAAUUGAUUAUGAACAGAGAGUUUGGAAGAUGGAAGUGUUGGAAGAUUGUUUCAAUCAGACUAAUCGAGAAGGCAUAGGGAGGGACAAGAAGAAGUUUAUGUCCCAAUUAGUUGGAAGAUCUUCUGGUAGAUCAAGGUACCACCAAAGGUUAAGAUUUUUGGUUGUAGGUGGAUCAAGAAUCUUCUUCAUGUUAAGAAGAAUGUGGUGGACAAAAUCCAUAAAGGGUGUGAAGAGUGACCUUUCUGCGGUUUAAUGGAAACCCAAGAACAUAUCUUUCGGGAAUGUGCGUGUGGAUUCGCGGAGUCUGGCACUCGAGUGUUCUAAAAGACCUAUUUCUAAAGGGGGGGGGGACUUAGUUGUGAGAACUGGAUGUGUGUAUUACAUGAGACUGAAUCUCAGGAGAAGAUUGGUGAAUUCCUGGUGGCAUUGUUGUUCAUCUGGGCGGAAAGAAACAAUCAGAUGUGAAAUGGGAAAAAGAAGGAGGAAUAUGAAAUAAUGAGUUGUGCGGAGAGAUGGUUAGAGGAAUACCUUGAACAUAAUCGAAGCGAAGAGGGCACCACACAAAUAGCCCAGAUGCAUUGGGAAGCACCAAUUGAUGUUGGAGUGAAGAUAAAUGUUGACACAUCAGUUUUGAAGGAUCAAGGUGUGAGGUUUGGAGUGGUGAUUCAUGAUUUGCAUGCGAGAUUUUGGGGGGCGGCAGUGAAGAGGAGCAGAAUCUGGUGGUCGCCAGCCCUGGCAGAGUCCCUGGUGAUCUUGUAUGGAGUGGAGCUGGGAUGGAGGAUGAGGAUAGAGGAGUGUGUAGUGGAAUCUGAUUGUCUGUUCACCAUUUCCCAGUUGAGAAGUGGAGAACCAGAGGAAUUAGAAGUGUGAGAUGUGUGUUCCGAAGUGCUGGAGAAAGCAAGGGGACCGGGUUGGGUCGAAUGGGCUCAUGUGGGCCGGAAUGGAAACAAAGCAACACACCAAAUGGCCCAUGUAUUGUGCAAUUGGCAGGAGGAAGAAGUGGGGGAGAGUAUUCCCCCUGUUUUUUUGUAGCCCAAUCAAAGGAGGAUGCUUUUAUAUCAUUUUCAAAUUAAUAAAAUUCAUAUGAUUAUAAAAUACUCUAAUGAAAACGUUCUUUCGAAAAGAUAUCCCAAAAAUUACGAAAAUGCCCUCCGAAUUUAAUUCGCUCAAAUUGACGAUUAAUAGAAUUGGACCAUGUGGGUUGGACUUUCAUUUCUAUGUCUCACAUUGUAUCUCUCCAUGGGUCUAGGGAUGACAAUCAAACCCAUGAUUGUGGGUAACCGAGCUUCUCUGAUCCCUCAACGCGGGGAAUUCCCUCAUUGGCUGAGUAUGGGGUGGGUAUGGGUAAAACUGUAAAAAAGUUUGAUGGGUAUGAGGCGUGUAUGGUUUUAGCCUCCCCGCCUCACCGAGAAUUAUUUAUUCACAUAUUAAAAAUACAUGGAUCAAAUUGUAACCUAUAAGUGAUAGUGAAGGUAACUGAAAAAUAAAUAGUAAAAAUGUAAUUGAGUAGCCACCCAAAUCAAAACCAACUCCUUUUCCUCAAUUCUCCCUUCAUUCUUUCACUUUUUUCUCUUGUUAACAAGAUAAUUAUGUUAGUUAAUUAAUACUUAGUAGAUGAAUGAGAGUUAGAGAAUAAUGAUUGGGAAAAUAUUCUACUCUAUCUAUUGAAUUAAUGGAUAUUUUACAACCAUAUGAUUUGAACCGUAUUAAAAAUAAUUGUAUCUUUGUUGAAUUCAUGAUAUAGUAGGUCCAUCUAGUAUUAUACUUGAAAAUUUACAUGUAAAUAAUAAGUAUAUUAAUGUUAAAUGUAUAGGGGCGGGUAUUAUCCAAGGUACUCGAAACCCACGAAUAUGAAAAUGGAUUUGAAAAACCUUUUCCACAUGGAUAUGAGACGAGUACGUAGUUGGAUAUUUGAAGACGGUGAUGGAGAUGGCUUAGGAAAACAUAUUGUAAAGUUUGUUCUCCACUGAUCGAAGUGCAAUAUACCUGCUAUCAAUUGUACUAAACGAAGAAUAAUCACACACAAACAUAGAGCUUAACGUGGUAUCCCCAACGAAUAUCGUUGAAACUCAUCCACGAAGAUUAGCAACCUCUCAGAGUCAAUUGUAUUUCACUGAGAAUGCUUAGGUAACAAGACUAGUCGGCAUCUUCUAUUUAACUAGCUGACUCGUAAAUCCUAUCUCCCAAGCCAACCCAACUGCCUACACGUAUAUGGAUUUGUUGUUAAUUUACAAUUGAUCCCUAUACUUCUAACACCCGCUUCUUUGUAAAAAUUUACACACUACUAUAAGGGAAUUCAACGUGAGGAGGGAGUUUAAACCCAAUUUGGAGCUCUCUGCACAUCCCAUGGAAGGAUGCAUGUGUCUUUUUGUUUUUUGUUUUUUUUUUCUUUUAUGAAUUUACGACCUCUUCUCACUUAUUCGACUGAAGAGAAAGAAUUUCAUUACUAGACCCAAAGCCCCAAACUACAAGUUGGUCAAUAUAUAAGGCAAUAUUUU